CCGAUAAGGAACCUUAAAACACAAGAACGAGCAGCUCUGGUUCGUCCUGGGGCUCUCCGAGGCCGCCUAUCGAUGGAGGUCCUCGCUACCUCUUCCGCUGCUUCUUUAUCCCCUCGUCCUUCCUACCAGAUAAAUAUUUGCACCGCCAAGGCCACCAUUCUUCAGGUGCUUCCAUGGAAAUAUUUUCCCACAAGGAAUGCAGAAGCUCGUUUGCAGAGUCCCAUAAUGUUUAGAAGGACAAAUACCGGUAACAUACCAAGAUAUUGUGGAAAUACUGAUGGAGCCUCUAAACAUAAUUUCAUUCUUCAGUCAAUAUGGAGGCUCAACAAAAGUUUAUCUUCAAAGUGUGCUCUGUUUUCCGUAAGUGAUGGAUGCCUUCUCAAAUUGAAGAAAUACGCUGGCAGUGUUCAUAAAGUGAUGAACUUUUCAGAAAAAAUUAGACAGCAAUCUUCUGUUCUUUUUGUUCCUUUAGUCAUUGGAGUGAUGCUGGUCAUGUCAGUUUCUGUAUCUGUAAACAAGAGUCCAUCCUGGGCCCUCACUGAAGAGAAUCUCCUUUUCUUGGAGGCAUGGAGAACAAUUGACCGUGCAUAUGUUGACAAGUCCUUUAAUGGACAAAGUUGGUUUCGGUAUAGAGAAGAUGCACUCCGCAAUGAACCCAUGAAUACACGAGAACAGACAUAUAUGGCAAUAAGGAAGAUGCUUGCCACACUGGAUGAUCCUUUUACCCGGUUUCUGGAGCCUGAAAAGUUCAAGAGUUUGCGGUCUGGAACUCAAGGUGCUCUUACAGGUGUUGGGCUGUCGAUCGGCUAUCCUACUCAAUUUGAUGGAUCAGCUGCUGGGCUUGUUGUUAUUUCAGCUGCUCCAGGAGGUCCUGCAAAUAGGGCUGGUGUUUUGGCUGGAGACUUGAUUCUGGCAAUUGAUGAUACAAGUACAGAAACCAUGGGCAUAUAUGAUGCUGCAGAGCGGUUGCAGGGACCUGAAGGAAGUUUGGUGGAACUGACCAUUCGUAGUGGACCCGAAAUAAAGCACAUGGCUUUGACGCGAGAGAGAGUUUCACUUAAUCCAGUGAAGUCAAGGCUAUGCAAACUGCCCGGUUCAGGGAAUGACUCCCCUAGAAUUGGUUAUAUCAAACUAACAUCAUUCAACCAAAAUGCAUCUGGUGCUGUCAAGGAAGCAAUUGAUUCUUUAAGGAGUAAUAGUGUUAACGCCUUUGUGUUGGACCUUCGAGAUAAUAGUGGUGGUCUUUUCCCUGAAGGAAUUGAGAUUGCCAAGAUUUGGUUGGACAAAGGUGUGAUUGUGUAUAUUUGUGAUAGUCGCGGUGUUCGAGACAUAUAUGACACAGACGGAAGCAGUGCAAUAGCAGCAUCGGAGCCCCUAGCUGUGCUGGUGAACAAAGGAACUGCCAGUGCAAGCGAAAUUUUAGCUGGUGCAUUGAAAGACAAUAAACGAGCUGUGUUGUUUGGAGAACCCACAUAUGGGAAAGGCAAGAUCCAGUCGGUUUUCCAGCUAUCUGAUGGGUCUGGCUUGGCUGUUACAGUUGCUCGUUAUGAGACACCUGCUCACACGGAUAUUGAUAAGGUUGGCGUAAUUCCUGACCAUCCUUUACCCACAUCAUUUCCCAAGGAUGAGGAGGGUUUUUGUAGCUGCCUCCAGGACCCUGCAACUGCUUGCUAUGUUAACAGAACCCAGCUAUUUGCGAGAUGACAGAAACUUGUGGAUAUUAACAUUGCUUCAAGAAAAAAACAGAUAUUCUUUUGAAUUUGAAAUGUAGUCUUAACAUGGUUUUUUGGGGGUUCAUUCAGUUAUCAAGUGUAAAUUCACAUUGAAACAUCCGCUUUGAACAGGAGAUGCAAAAAAAAGAGUAAAAAAGAAAAAAUAACAAGGGAAAAUCAUUCUUUGAUUUGAGUCA